CAAAUCAGUCUCCUGAAUCCUGAGCGAGCACAGCUAGCCGGCGAGACAUGGCGGCGGCGGAAACACUGGUCUUCCCCGGCCCCGACGGGUUCGACUGCGCAAGGCGGCUCCGCCACAAGAUGCUCCUCUCCUGCCUCUUCAACCAGCGCCUCUACCCCACCUUCCAAUCGAUGGUCCAGCAGACGGACGCGCACAUGUGCGGGGAUCAUCUGCAGCGGCUGGUGUCCCGGGGCCACUGGGCCGACGCCCUGGACUACCUCGGCCGCUUCAACUCGCGCAACACCGUCGCCUCCAACGCCCUCCACUUCUUCCUCCACACGCUCUGGGCCCUCGCCAACGUCGCCGCCGCCGCCACCGACGGAUCCGUCAAAUCCACCGCGCACCAGCACGGCAUGGCAUUGUCCACGGUCAUCUGCCGCUGCGCCAGGCUCCGCUCCAUCGUCAAGGCCAUGGUCGACUCACCACAGCAAUGUGUCUCCCUGGACUGGAAAUCGACGAGGAUCAGGGCGGCGAGCAUUGCGUAUUUCUUGGCUCGCGAGGAUGCGGACUUGUAUCGCCUCAUGCAGCUGCCCGACCACGGCCAAAUGCUCCCACUGCUCCCCUUCAGGCCAAGGCGUCACGUCAAACGGCCACCUGGGCGCCGACCACGAGGACGGGGACCUGCCAUCGCCAGGCUCUAUCUCAGCAAGAGGGCAAGUCUGCGUGCUUCAACUCCACAUACUCCUGCAUUCAUGGAUGAGUCACUGGAUCGGGUGGCGGGUCUUGUCGAGGAAUGUCUAAAUGCUGGUAAGCAUCAGAAGCUUCAGUCAUCUGGGCGAGUGCCUCGCUUCCUGAUUCCGCUCCAAAUCGCUCCUGGAGCUCCAGUUUCACAGACCAACUCUGGAACAACAUCAGUGCCAAAUGCAGCUUCCAAAGAUCCCUGACGUAUGAGUCUGAAACUGAAGAACGUACCCUGACCAGUCUGGAGCUGAAGAAGGCUUGCAAUCCUCAAGUCUCUGAUUAGUGCUAUCUAAAUAAGACAUCCUAGCUUGGUCGUGGCCUGAUCGUUAUGCUAGUUGAGCACUGUGAGCUCUGGCUCCACCGUCUACCCCGUCGCUUCUUGCGACACUCUAUAGAUGUGUGGCUGUUACAGCUGCAGGCUGAUGCCCCAUGAUGUGCGUGCGUUGUAGCGUGCUUGUUCUUUUUCCCCUCCUUUUGUACCUCUUGCACAAUCCCUGUACUCAGCGGCUCGCCGUCUUCAUGCUGAAAUAAAAGAGAAAAAG